CCCACAACAACACCACCUGCAGCGUGGAGCAACUAAACCCGACAAGGUUGAUCAGUGCAUGAGGGAGGUGGUGCACUCCAGUGCUCUGGGAUUCCGCUUGGCUUCACAGCAUGGAGAAGUAUGAGAAGAUUGCAAAGAUCGGAGAAGGCUCAUACGGAGUCGUGUUCAAAUGCAAAAAUAAAGACACGGGACAAAUCGUCGCCAUUAAAAAGUUUGUGGAGUCAGAGGAUGACCCGGUUAUUAAAAGAAUCGCACUCAGGGAGAUCCGGAUGCUCAAGCAACUGAAGCACUGUAACCUGGUCAACCUGAUUGAGGUAUUCAGAAGGAAGAGAAAACUGCACCUAGUGUUUGAAUACUGCGAUCAUACGGUGCUCAACGAGCUCGACAGAUAUCCCAGAGGAGUUCCAGAGCCUCUGGUUAAAAGCAUUACCUGGCAAACGCUACAAGCUGUUAACUUCUGCCACAAACAAAAUUGUAUCCACAGAGAUGUGAAGCCAGAGAAUAUACUCAUCACCAAACACCAGGUCAUAAAGCUCUGUGACUUUGGCUUUGCCAGGAUCCUCACGGGGCCGUGUGAUUAUUAUACAGACUAUGUAGCCACUCGGUGGUACCGGGCUCCGGAGCUGCUGGUGGGAGACACUCAGUAUGGCCCUCCGGUGGAUGUAUGGGCUGUGGGCUGUGUGUUUGCUGAGCUGCUCUCUGGCGCUCCUCUGUGGCCGGGCAAAUCAGAUGUAGACCAGCUUUAUCUCAUAAGGAAAACAUUAGGUGAUUUGAUCCCCAGACACCAGCAGGUGUUCAGCAGUAACCAGUUCUUCAGCGGAGUCUGUGUUCCCGAACCACAAGAAAUGGAACCUCUGGAGCAAAAGUAUCCAAACAUCUCUUUCCAGGCUUUAAGUCUAAUGAAGGGUUGUCUGCGUAUGGAUCCUGCAGAGAGGUUAACCUGUGAACAGCUGCUGGAGCAUCCAUAUUUCGACAGUCAGCGAGAGGAGACCGAGAGCGUGACACGAGAACACGACAGAGCGAAGAGACGAGCACGUCAACCCCGUAAACACCUGCCCCCAGGGUAUUUACCCCAGCUGACCGGCAGCAGUAUCUUCCCAGCAGUGGACAACAGGAAGUGCUACAACAACAACAUGCGUAAAUUCAACUACCAUUUCCCCAACAUCUAGUUCUUCACUUUAUACACCCCCAAUCUGCCCUAAAACACAUUCUUGCACGUUAUUUUUCUAUUUUGGUGUCGCAUACACUCUCUUCCCUUACAUCUUGCUCAGGAACAGAAGCCGCUGAGACGGUAAUGCUGUGUGCUCCAGUCACAAAGUGUCCUCGUUUUCUGUCGAAAAAUCUCCAUCACUGAUCUACAGCUGUACUGUCAGUCAGUGCACUGCUGUAUCUGUUUGUCUCCGACUCAUCAGAGCUCUUCUGUACUCUGUGUGAUUGACAAAGAGCCCUGCUCUGCAUGUACACACACUGAUCUGAGUGUAACACUGCCUUUCUGAUUGCCAAAGUGCUGCGUGACGUGACAGAGGGAACAGAUCAAUUGACUCAAAUGCACAACAAAGCUGAUGAUGCGAGGAUAACCGAGCUGUCGGUAAUUAGUGUAAAACCAAGUGCAGGAAUCAAACAAUUCCUCUAUUAUUGUGUUUGUUUUUUGUACACUGAUGUUUUCCUGUCUCUCUGUGUUGUGAAUCUCAGGCCAUCUAACUUCCUGUGACAGACUGAGAAAUCUAGAAUAGCAUUCC